ACCACAUCCACCACAGUCACCAUGCGCCUCAGCAACAGCAGCUCGAGCAGCUCGAGCAGCUACAUCAACAACAACUCGCCCGAAGAUUACCUCGCGCUCGGCGCGAGAAGCAUCUCGGACAUCCUCGCCAAGGACUCGGGCGACGACAAGAGCACGACGUGGAGCCACGUCAAGGACAACGACGGCGUCUCCAUCGACCGCGGUAUCGUCGACGGCUCGGCGUGGAACGCGAUCAAGGCCACGACGACCGUCGACUGCGCCGCCGACGACCUCGCGGCCAAGCUCAGCGACGCCUCGCAGAUGCACAUCUUUGACGAGAUGACCGACAACUGCCGCGUCAUCGAGGCGCUUAAAGAAUCAACGUCCAUCCGGUAUGUGCAGGCCAAGCCGGUGUUUCCGACGACGGCGCGCGACUUCCUCGUCGUCACGAGUCAGCAGCAUUUGGACGACGGCUCCAUCGUCAUUGGCACCAAGAGCGUCGAGCAUGAUAGCGUGCCUGUCGACAAGCACUUCGUGCGCGCGCACACGCACGUGUCGGGGUACAUUGUUCGUCCGCUGACGCCGACGUCGUGCUCGGUGACACUGAUUGUGCACAUGGACCUCGGCGGCUACAUGCCGGCGGCCGUCAUCAACCUCUUGUCGGUCUCGUCACCGAUCAAGCUCAUGAAGCGGCUUCGCCAGCUCUACGCCGCCUAGCGCGUCCGAGACCCCUGACUGCCUUUGACUAUAUCGCUAUCAACUAAUUUACACGACUUUUGCACAUCAA